CGCUCCAAAACGAGAUGUCCCAGGGUCUAAUGAAAAUCUGUAUCUCCUCUGAACCGUCCACUUCUGUCAAGCCAACUGCAGGGAGAAAGUAGCGACCCACCAGCCUGCGUGCUCUUACUCUUCCCCUAGGAGCGAAGCUGCUGGAGAAAUUCCUUCGACACAAUGGAUGGAGGCAGGGACCGGCGGCCAAUUGUUCUCCAUACUGUACCCUCAGCUGAAACGAGGAGAGAAAUGCGGGGGGGAAAGAUGCCAGGUCGUGAUCGAGGGGGAGGAAACCCCAACCUUGCCGUCCUUUAAUUUUUCUUAAGGAAGUGAAGCGCUAAAUAAGAGGGAACUUUUUCUCCAAGGGGGCUGCGAGUUGAAGGCCAUGAAUUUCGAAUUUGAGCGAGAGAUUGGUUUUAUCAAUAGUCAGCCAUCGCUCGCUGAGUGCCUGACAUCUUUUCCCCCUGUCGGUGAUACAUUUCAAAGUUCAUCAAUCAAGAACUCGACGCUUUCACACUCGACACUGAUUCCUCCUCCUUUUGAGCAGACCAUCCCCAGCCUGAACCCAGGCAGCCACCCUCGCCACAGCAGCAGCAGCCGCCCCAAGCACAGCCCCAAUGCCAGCAGCGGCAGCCCAGUGCCAGCCGGCGCCCUCCAGCCUCCGGAAUACCCCUGGAUGAAAGAGAAAAAAGCCUCCAAGAAAACUGUCCUGCCGCCUCCUUCGGCCUCCGCCACUGGACCAGCCUGCCUGAGCCACAAAGCAGAAUCUCUGGAGAUCUCCGAAAAUGGGACCGGGGGCUCCAGGAGGUUGAGGACUGCUUAUACCAACACGCAGCUCUUGGAGCUGGAGAAGGAAUUCCAUUUCAACAAGUACCUCUGCAGACCGAGGAGGGUGGAGAUCGCCGCUCUCCUGGACCUGACCGAGAGGCAAGUCAAGGUGUGGUUUCAGAACAGGAGGAUGAAGCACAAGAGGCAGACCCAGUGCAAGGAGAACCAGAACAGCGAAGGGAAAUUCAAAGGCUUGGAGGAUCCCGAGAAAGCAGAAGACGACAGGGGAGAGGAGGAAGAGGAGGAGGAGGAGGAGAAAUCCCUCUUCGAGCAAGCCCUCAACAAUGUCUCAGGAGCGCUUUCGGAAAGGGAAGGCUACACUUUUCAGCAGAAUGCACUAGCGCAACAGCAGGCUGUCACUGUCCACAAUGGAGAGUCCCAAAGUUUCCCAGUUUCGCCUUUAACGAGCAAUGAGAAAAAUCUGAAACAUUUUCAGCAUCAGUCACCCACUGUUCCCAACUGCCUGUCAACAAUGGCCCAGAACUGUGCAGCUGGCCUGAACAAUGACAGUCCUGAGGCCCUGGAGGUCCCAUCUUUACAGGACUUCAGCGUUUUCUCCGCAGAUUCCUGCCUACAGCUCUCCGACGCCGUCUCCCCCAGUUUGCCAGGGUCCCUCGACAGCCCUGUAGAUAUUUCAGCUGACAGCUUUGACUUUUUUACAGAUACACUCACCACAAUUGACUUGCAGCAUCUGAAUUACUGAGAAAUGACAGACCAACUUUUUCGAAAAGGGUUAUUUUUUCCCUCUCCUUUUCCUUUUUUUGGGGGGAGCGGGAGGGGGAGGGGGAUGACUUGAUUUAAUUUCUUUCCCUUUUCCUGGUCAGUAUUUUCCUGUUUAUUUUUAUUUUUCCUUCUCGGUGUGUUGGAGAGCUUAUUUUGCCGUUUGCCUAUGACACUUUCAGUUGUGCUCGGUUUUAAACCUAGUCCCAUUCUAGGUCCUUCUAUGAAAAGCAAUAUAUAAGGCCUGUAAGAAAGUGAUCAUAUCAAAAUUGUAUCUUCACUUUCUUUUUAUUUUUGUAUUACAUUAGGAUGCGUUGUCAUAAGUAUUUUUGGUAGAAUAAAUUCUUGUUUGCUACAAGCACUUUUCUUA